AAAAAAAAAAUUCCCAACCGAAUUCUCUCACCCCCUUGCCUGGAUCCAGGUGCAGUUGCUGCAGCCUCCCUUUCUGUCGCUGCACGGCGCAGUUGCAAGAAUCAAACUCCCUUUCGUUCCAUUACACAACAGAUCUCCACUCCUUACUAGUCUGUUCACCACUGGUCGACGUCUCCGCACAUUCCAUUCAGCCCUGGUCAAGAGCUGUCGUUGUUCGACGCAUUAUAUCCCUUGGUUGGGCUUGGCUUCCGGAUCUGACCAGAGAGAAUGAAGUGAUUAAACGCCAGUGAAACAUACCUGCAGGCUUUAGGGGGGGGGUGGAGAAUACGAAGGCCCGUCGUUAUUUCUAUCCAAUCUUUCCGCUCUCGUUGUUUGUUGGUGGCGACGAACAACGAGCCAGCGAUCCCAUUUAUUUGCUGUGCACCCUCGACGAGAUUGGGUAGCGUGGGAUAUACUGGAAAGUCGAACCUGAUUAGGCGCGACGUGGACCAGUGGGGAGAUUUUUUGCUCAAAUACACCCCCCUUACUGUGCUACAACUAUACGGGAUUGUUUGAAAACGGCGCGCCUCGCGUUACCAUGCUUUUGGUACCUUGAUGAAUAUCACCGUUGAAAGGACAGCAUCAAGAUGGCCAGCGAGAAACAGGACAGUGUGGGUGGCAGCCAGGGUGGUGGCCCCAUGAAAUUUUCCCGCUACCGGUCCGUGAGAAAAGCCGCCAAACAGCCACCGGUCUCUCGUGCUCCUAGCGCCGCGGGCUCAGGAGCCCAUGCGCCCGUCCCUCAGGAUGAUUUCGCGACCGCAUUGGCCUCGAACACCACCAUUAAGAGAAGUAUGUCGCGAUAUCGGCGUCCGAGAACAUCCACAUCGCAAUCGACUCCCGAUCCACCGCCUCCCCUUCCGACCCCCGCCGAUCGAACGCGAGAUCCUGCGCACCAGGAACGUCCCCGUGGUGACACCGUUGACUCACCAGUCCGCCGGCGCUCUGCAGGACGUAGCGACGGCGUGGGAUCCAGAAUUCCUGCAGACAACAGGACUGAUUCGAGAUCGGCCACUGAGGAGAGACCGUACCGUGGUGGGGACCACAAUAGGGCCCGCGCUAAUAAUGGCGAUCAUUCUGCAACCGCUCGCGAUCUGCACCGACAAAAUGCGAUGGAUUGUUUGACUGGAGGGGAUCAAAAUUUCUCGGCGUCCACUUCGGCGUUUCAGAGACCAACGGUGCGAGUGAGGACUCGUAAGAAUACAGAGAGCGAAAACGAGCCCGAUGACGAUCGCAACCAUGAUUGGACUCGGUCCAGGCCGUCGAGUCAAGAGAUUAAAGCGGGUCGACGACGGUCGAAGAUUCAACAACCAACACCGCCAUCGAGGAAGCCACCAGUUGCUCUCCCAAAUGAUCAAAGUGACAGCGAUGCCGCGUUUAACAGCCCGGUCGAAUCUGGCGCCUUGAAUCGGUUUCCAGGCAUCGAUGCGCCCGUGUCUGCCGUGAAUUCCGGCGAACGAGCAGUCCAUGUCCAAUUCAAGAAACAUACUUUCAUACUGAAUGUGGUCCCAUCCACAUCGGCCCAGGACCUUUUGCUCUCCGCUGCAGAAGUUUUGGAUGGCCAGAUCGACCCUCAUAAAUACAUACUGGUAGAGUCCUUCCGAGAGCUUGGGCUGGAGCGACCGCUACGCAGAUACGAGUAUAUCCGAGACGUCAUGAACUCUUGGGCAAGUGAUGGAGAGAAUAGGUUGAUCAUCGUUCCUCCCGCCAGCCUCGAUGCCUUGUCUAUGCUCGAGUCUCAAAAUGUCUCGUCUGAACCACCUGCGGACGUGACCGUCCAGAUGUGCUACUCCCAACGCCCGCGCAAGUGGGACAAACGCUACGUGACCUUACGGUCGGAUGGGCAGAUCACUGUCUCCAAGAAGGAGCGGAGCCAAGAUCAAACCAACACCUGCCAUCUGUCCGAUUUUGACAUGUACUCGCUCACAUCAAGUUACUAUGCGGACAGCGUGAGGCCGCCGAAAAAGGUCUGCCAGGCAGUGAAAAGCCAGCAGAAGUCAAGCAUGUUCCUGACCACCGAGAACUUCGUGCAUUUCUUCUCGACUAACCACAAAGAUAUCGCCGAGACCUGGUACAAGGCGGUUCAAGCCUGGCGCAGCUGGUAUCUAGUGACCAAACUAUGCGCUGGUAGGCCGGAAGAAAAACGGCAAUCCCAGAUCGACACGGAUGACGCCCGAAGUGGAGUGAAGUCGCCCCCGAAGCCACUGAUGAACCCGUUCGAGAGCUCUGACGAAGGAAUGACCUCGUCUUCGUCUCAAGAUCCGUCGAAAGCAACAACAUCUAAACAGUUGUUCUCGCGCAAGAAGAGCACUCGGGGCCACGGACCACCUCCCUGUUCUCUCCCAAAGUCGCUCGCGACAGAUGCCGACGCGCCAUUAUCUCAGGUAUCUGAAGCGGCCCCUUUCACGUCUUCGGGCCUGUUGGGCCGAACCUAUACGGUCCGCCAACGGGCCAUGAAAGAGCGGGAAGAGCAAGAAAGGAGGGCGAAUGAGGAAGCGUUUACUCAAGGCCUUGUCGGGGCCAUGACCUCCCGCCCGUCGCACAACCCCACCACCGGACCCAACAGCCGGUCCAAUACGAUGACGUCGACACAUGCUCCCGAUCAUGCGAGUCUCAUGAAACGUUCCCAGUCUGUCAAGAGCAAGCCGCUAGUCGACUUGACGCCAGUCUAUCAAGAGCCGCCCCAGCACGCCCGCAAAGGCCGAGCCGUCACGGUUGACCCCGGCAUGCCAUUGAUUGAGGCCGCGACGGGUCGCGACGGCCCGCUUAACGCAAUCACAAUCCCACCGGCAACGACCUGGAAAAGGCCAAAUAUCCCCCCAGUCCCAGAACUCCCGUCAGCGGCAACAGCAGACCGUCGAACUCGCAAACGAUCCAACACAGCCCGCAGCGUGAGCAACCACCCCCGUCACCAUCAAACUUACACCGCCCCCUCCUCCCCAACGUCUCCUAUCGACGGCGCCCAGCACCCAGGAAGGGAACCCUUCAUACCCAACAGCCUUCUAGCCCGAACCGCCCAGCUGGCCGUGACACCAAGCGGAGCGCCAAUCGGACACGGCGUCGCGACGGGUGACCGCAACGCGGCAAAACCCAUGUUGGACAUGACGCCGCAGAGCCCAUUUGCGGAGGGUAGCCUGCUGCACGGUCUAUGAGAGGUUUGCACUCAAUCUUACCGAUAUUUUGUCACUGGAAUGGGAGAUUUGCAUUUGCUGAUUUUCGAGGCGGAGGAGUUGGGUUUGGGUCGGAUCUGGAUUUUGCAGGUGGACUUGCAUUGAGGUUGUUUUUGUCUCAUACCCAUAUACCAAGUGUUAUGGAGUUUGUCUUUUGUUUGAUUUUUACAAUCUUUUUUCAAUCUCUUUACUUUGUUUGUGUCCAUUUCGAAAUGUCUUUUGGCUGUUUUUCAUUUGUUAUCUUUCGCAUUAUGACAUUGAGUGAGGAUAUAGUGUCCACCAUAUCAAAAAAACAAUUCCAUACACACA